GGGCAUUCAGGCAGGCAGCGAGGGAAGGGGUAGGUAAACAGUGUUUCAGAGAGGAUAGCUAGGCCCCCUGUCACUCUCUGACCCCUCUUCCAGGUGCAUUCAGCUACAUUAACAACAACGCCUGCAGCCUGGCUGGCUGAGGAACCUGAUGGUCUACUGGAAUAAGAGGAUUCCCACUGACUGGUAGGACAGGAUGAAAUAGGCUUGACUGAUCAAAGGGCAAAAUACUCUCUAAUAAGACUAAAGGGCGUAAGACUUUAGUAACACAAUGCAUAGUGGGAGAUGAUACUAAUUAGUGUUUAACAUGGAUCCCUGGUUUCGCAGCGGCAGCAGGGCAUGGCCAUGCUUUAGUUGCUGUACUGUUAUGCUGUGGUCUAAGUGUCAAUGUGGGAAAUGGGAAUUCCAGUAAGAAAGGCUCUUCACACGUACUGAUUUAUAUUGACAAGGUCAGAACUACAAAUUUGAAGAUAAUGAAUGUCUUUUUAACUAUAAAAUAUUCACAAAAUGACCGAUUACAAAACUCUACUCAACAUAAAUGUAAACAAUGUACUGGGGGCUUGAUCAGAUCAACAUUGAACUUCUGUUUCUUUCUUUCUCUACUUUUCAGAUAAAGAACCUCCUUGUUUUUAUAUUUAUUUAAAUCUAUUUCUGUUUUUCAAAAAAAAUUCUGAGUUAAGUUAUUACUGUUGAAUAGACAUUAGAUCCAAAUGGAUCUGAGAGCUAAACACAGUCUGGGUCUUCUGGACCAGCUGAGGAAGAUGAGGGAGACAGAAAAGCUGACAGAUGUGGUGCUUGUGGCUGAGGGCAUCAGCUUCCCCUGCCACCGCGUGGUCCUCUCAGCCUUCAGCCCUUACUUCCGGGUCAUGUUCACCUGUGGCCUGCGGGAGUGCAAUACUAGGGAAGUAUUUCUGCGUGACACCCCAGCCGAUAGCCUGAGUCUAUUGUUGAACUACAUGUACUGUUCUGAGCUCCCACUCAACAACGCAAAUGUACAGGGGGUGUCCGUCGCUGCCUUCCUUCUACAGAUGGACGAGGUGUUCAACCGCUGCCAGAGCCACAUGAGGGAGAACAUGGACGCUUCCAACUGCCUCGGGGUGUACUACUACGCCCGUGACCUGGGAGCCGAGGAGCUGGCCGACCAUGCCCAGAGAUACCUACGGACACACUUCGUUCAGGUGUGUAUGAGCGAGGAGAUUCUAGAACUAGAGGCCCAUCAGCUUGGGGCGCUGCUGAGCUCUGACGACCUCAACGUGUCACGGGAGGAGACCAUCCUGGACGUGGUGCUGCGCUGGGUCAGGCAGGACACUCUGGGAGACUGGGUGGAGGACGGGCGGAGUAGACACCUGGCUGAGCUCCUGAGGAAGGUGCGCCUCCCCCUGGUGGCCCCUGACUACCUGAAGGAGGCCAUGAAGAGGAAUAUGUCCCUUCUGGCAGAUGCAGAGUGUCUGGAGAUGAUGGAGGAGGCUCUGGAGGCCACUGGGAUGCAUCCUGCAGCUGCUCCCCGGAAACUGAAGCUCCGCUAUGGGAUGGAGACCACAGAUCUGCUGCUCUGCAUCGGCAACGAGGGCGGAGGGAUCCGAUCGCGGUAUGGAAAUUAUUCAGAACGCAGCUUCUGCUAUGCCCCCUCCACGGGCCGCACCUACUACAUCACGUCCCCACGCUAUGGAGAUGUUCUGGGAUUCGUGUGUGCCGGGGUCGUCACCGAGGGCAACGAGAUUGUGGUGGCUGGGGAGGCAGGAGUGAGGAAAAUGGCCAGGCAGACGGACAGGAAUGUGGAGAUAUUCAGGUAGGAAUGUGUGUUUUGAAUGAAAUCAUCAGCAGUAAUAAACCUAUUGGUCAGUGAUGAGAGUGACAGUCAGUGGCAUACUGUUUAUGUGCUGUGGCCAGGUGGAGUGUGUGGCCAGGUGGAGUGUGUGGCCAGGUGGAGUGUGUGGCCAGGUGGAGUGUGUACCCAGGUGGAGUGUGUACCCAGGUGGAGUGUGUAGCCAGGUGGAGUGUGUGGCCAGGUGGAGUGUGUGGCCAGGUGGAGUGUGUGGCCAGGUGGAGUGUGUGGCCAGGUGGAGUGUGUACCCAGGUGGAGUGUGUACCCAGGUGGAGUGUGUGGCCAGGUGGAGUGUGUGGUCAGGUGGAGUGUGUGGCCAGGUGGAGUGUGUGGCCAGGUGGAGUGUGUACCCAGGUGGAGUGUGUACCCAGGUGGAGUGUGUACCCAGGUGGAGUGUGUGGCCAGGUGGAGUGUGUGGCCAGGUAGAGUGCGUACCCAGGUGGAGUGCGUGGCCAGGUGGAGUGCGUACCCAGGUGGAGUGUGUGGCCAGGUAGAGUGCGUACCCAGGUGGAGUGCGUGGCCAGGUAGAGUGUGUGGCCAGGUGGAGUGUGUACCCAGGUGGAGUGUGUACCCAGGUGGAGUGUGUACCCAGGUGGAGUGUGUGGCCAGGUAGAGUGCGUACCCAGGUAGAGUGUGUGGCCAGGUAGAGUGCGUAUGUAAACUCUGCUUGCUUAGCGAGUACCGCUUCCUCCUUAUUUGGCUCACACUGAGGCUUGAACCCAGGGCCUCUUCCUUGCUAGCACACGUGACCGCUGUCGUGACGUGACUUACUUUAAUGUAUGACUGUUAUUUAUCGAAUCACCUAACUAUGUUUAAUUGUCACUCGAUUAAAUUAAUCUUGUAACAAUUAACUCAUUAGGAAUUUGGGGCACCACGGAAGAAGUUGUUUAAUGAGUUACCAUCUCCCGAAUUAAACUCUUAGAAGAUAUGUAUGUUAUAUAUAUCGAUAACAGUCACUUAUUAAAUAAUUACCUCUUAUCAGUCUCAUUCUGAACGUCACAUAAUCCUUGAACCUGCAAAAACCCUAGCCUUAUUGAUGAAUCAGCAAUACACAAAUUGACAUAAUUAUUUAUUUACUAAUUAACUAAAUAAUAACACAAUACAAACACACACAGGUUAUUGAUUACUAACGUAAUACAAUGAAAACAGGUCCCUAGUGGACUGGACUAAUAUUAGCAUGAAUGCUUGGGUAGUGGAGGGGUCAGAAUGGAAGGGAGAGACAGAGAUUCAAACUAUCGUAGUUACUUUGGAGACUACGCUCACAGUAAUCAUAAUACUUAUGCACCCUAAUAACGCUCAUUUGGAUUAGAAAUGCAACAUGUAUUUACGUGUUGCUGUCCUCGAUAGUUGAGUUGAUGAUGUAGGACUCUGGUUUGCCCACCAGAGAUCUCAAUGUCCUUGGUAGAGUUUCUGGUCGUAGUGGUGGUUAGAAUGGAUAUACUUCAGAUGUACCAGCGGUUGUCUGAGAGGGAUUGUCCUCUAUCUCGUGUCUUUAGUGAAAGUUAUCUAGACGACUAUACAGUUGAAGUCAGAAGUUUACAUACACUUAGGUUGGAGUCAUUAAAACCCGUUUUUCAACCACUACACACAUUUCUUGUUAACAAACUAUAGUUUUGGCAAGUCGGUUAGGACGUCGACUUUGUGCAUGACACAAGUAAUUUUUCCAACAAUUGUUUACAGACAGAUUAUUUCACUUAUAAUUCACUGUAUCACAAUUCCAGUGGGUCAGAAGUUUACAUACACUAAGUUGACUGUGCCUUUAAACAGCUUGGAAAAUUCCAGAAAAUUAUGUCAUGGCUUUAGAAGCUUCUGGUAGGCUAAUUGACAUAAUUUGAGUCAAUUGGAGGUGUACCUGUGGAUGUAUUUCAAGGCCUACCUUCAAACUCUGUGCCUCUUUGGUUGACAUCAUGGGAAAAUCAAAAGAAAUCAGCCAAGACCUCAGAAAAAAACAUUGUAGACCUCCACAAGUCUGGUUCAUCCUUGGGAGCAAUUUCCCAACGCCUGAAGGUACCAUGUUCAUCUGUACAAACAAUAGUACGCAAGUAUAAACACCAUGGGACCACGCAGCCGUCAUACCGCUCAGGAAGGAGACGCGUUCUGUCUCCUAGAGAUGAACGUACUUUGGUGUGAAAUGUGCAAAUCAAUCCCAGAACAACAGCAAAAGACCUUGUGAAGAUGCUGGAGGAAACAGGGACAAAAGUAUCUAUAUCCACAGUAAAACGAGUCCUAUAUCGACAUCACCUGAAAGGCCGCUCAGCAAGGAAGAAGCCACUGCUCCAAAACUGCCAUAAAAAAAGCCAGACUACGGUUUGCAACUGCACAUGGGGACAAAGAUCGUACUUUUUGGAGAAAUGUCCUCUGGUCUAUUGAAACAAAAAUAGAACUGUUUGGCCAUAAUGACCAUCGUUAUGUUUGGAAGAAAAAGGGGGAUUCUUGCAAGCCGAAGAACACCAUCCCAACCGUGAAGCACGGGGGUGGCAGCAUCAUGCUGUGGGGGUGCUUUGCUGCAGGAGGGACUGGUGCACUUCAGAAAAUUUAUGGCAUCAUGAGGAAGGGAAAUUAUGUGGAUAUAUUGAAGUAACAUCUCAAGACAUCAGUCAGGAAGUUAAAGCUUGGUCGCAAAUGGGUCUUCCAAAUGGACAAUGACCCCAAGCAUACUUCCAAAGUUGUGGCAAAAUGGCUUAAGGACAACUAAGUAAACGUAUUGAAGUGGCCAUCGCAAAGCCAUGACCUCAAUCCUAUAGAACAUUUGUGGGCAGAACUGAAAAAGCGUGUGCGAGCAAGGAGGCCUACAAACCUGACUCAGUUACACCAGCUCUGUCAGGAAGAAUGGGCCAAAAUUCACCCAAUUUAUUGUGGGAAGCUUGUGGAAGGCUACCCGAAACGUUUGACCCAAGUUAAACAAUUUAAAGGCAAUGCUACCAAAUACUAAUUGAGUGUAUGUAAACUUCUGACCCACUGGGAAUGUGAUGAAAGAAAUAAAAGCUGAAAUAAAUCCUUCUCUCUACUAUUAUUCUGACAUUUCACAUUCUUAAAAUAAAGUGGUGAUCCUAACUGACCUAAGACAGGGAAUUUUUAUUAGGAUUAAAUGUCAGGAAUUGUGAAAAACUGAGUUUAAAUGUGUUUGGCUAAGGUGUAUGUAAACUUCCGACUUCAACUGUACAUGCCAGCUGCAGACUGAAAUGAUAAGGUCUAGUGCAUUGUCUUCUUCUUCACCUCGUGUAGAGGUUGAGAGGUUGAGAGUUUUUCCAUUUCAAACGUGUGGACUAACGUCUCACGUUUUCUGUUCUUUCUAGUCUAACCAUUUUGUAACGUUUAGCUUCAGCUUCACCCUUCUUGGUCUUGUAGAGUGUCAACCAUUUUAAGCCGUGGGGCUUACUGGUCUUGUAGAAAUUCAACCAUUUGCAACGUUUGGCUCAUGCUUCACGUCUGCUGGUCUUUCUAGUCUAACCAUUUUGUAACGUGUAGCUUCACGCUUCACGUCUGCAGGUCUAAAGGUUGAUUUGUUUUUCAAGGCUUUUUAUGCACUCGGGGUAAAAGGGGCGUUCCAUCAUGUUUACACGAUCUCUGAUGUCACUCGGGGCGUGGCUAGUCACUGUGCAUAGUUUAUAUGAAAAACUAUUAUCUUUAGAAGAAGACUAAAAUCACAUUCCUAUCUUCACCAAAAUACUCUCAUACUUAAUAAUAUAUUUUAUACAACAUUUAGAUGUAAACUUGAUAGAUAGAAUAUGUACACUUUCUGAGUUACAGUUAUUACUUGAUACCAUCCUUAAUGACAUCACAAAAUAAUAAACAAUAUGACAUUAUUAUUCUUUAGAUCCCCACUGACCAUUUUCCACAUUCUUUUAAGUAGGAAUAUUGUUUCAUUAUCCACUUUUGGAUGUUGGAGUCUUGGCGGGAAGACUUCCUUUGUCUCACAGGGAAAUUCUUUCUUCCCAUACUAGAGACCAAAAGGAGUCAUUUUCUGCAAACUAUUUAUGACUGGCUGUUAAGUCAUAAAACUGGCCCCCAGGAAAGGGGGUGUUCAAACCUUUGCCUAGCAGGAAUGAUCCUCAACCCAUGAGGGCAAGUCAUGACACCUCCCUCUUGAAGCGUCUUACCAAUCGGCACCACGCGAAAAGCUAGCUAUUCGCUGGCGCAAGUGGCGACACUUCAGACUGCUACGUGUAGACAGGUAGAGUGUGUGGCCAGGUGAGAAUGAUGGUCAGCACUCCUGUGUUCAUUUUAGCAUGCUAGAGUCGGACUAAAACCCCUGUCCCUGACUCUUGUCUGUGUUGGCCUCCUCAGGUACAGGGUGGAGGCCCAGGGGACCUGGGAGCACCUGAGCUCAGCUGAAUACCGAGACUCAUACGCGCUGGGGGCACUGGGUGAUACUAUUUACCUACUGGGAGGCCAGAUGAAGCUGAAGAACCAGUACCUCAUCACCAACUGUGUGGAGCGCUGGUCCCUGCAGGGUGGGCCUUGGCGUAGUGCCGCCCCGCUACCCAUGCCACUGGCCUAUCAUAGUGUGGUCCGUCUGAAGGACCGCCUCUACGUGCUCGGGGGUCGAACUCCACAGGUAAUGGUCUAAAGAGAAGGGGUUUGAUAUACAAUAAGAUGAAUAGUCAGUCAAUGCUGCUCUGUAUUAGCUGUGUGUGUGUGCGUGUGUGUGUGCGUGCGUGGCCAGGAGGCAUUUCACAUUUGUUUAAUUCAGUCUCACAACAUCCAUGUAUUUUUAGAGUCCCUCAUUCUCACUCAUGUACACACUAUGCUUGAGGCUGUGAGGCCUUGUGAGCAGAGAGAAACACUAUCUGUGUCAGUGUGUGACUGUGAGCCCGCUCUCUAUCCCCUCCUCCUUCUCUAAACUCUGCACCUGUCCUGUCCUGUCCUGUCAUUCCCCCUGGCAGUCCUGGCGGAUGGACGACGAGCCAGACCGCUUGAGUAACCGUCUGUUGGAGUAUGACCCUGAGACAAAUAAGUGGACAGAGCUGGGUCCCAUGAAGCACUCCAAGUACCGCUGUAAUGCUGUGGUGCUCAAUGGGGAAAUCUACGUGAUGGGUGAGAUUUAAAAGAUAAAUAACACAUACGCCGUUUGGUUUUUAGCACAUUGCUUUCAUUCGUUUCAUGAUGGUCAUGACGAUGAUGGUCACUUUGUGUCAGCAACCAGUGAUUAUUCCUCAUAAUUUGAUGUUCAGUGUCUGAUUUCUACUAGAGAAACCCCUCAACCCCCCUCAACAUAAACAGUAUGUUUGGACAGAUUAGAUUUCAAGAGUUUUUGAAAGUAGUACUUGACAACACAGGAAGUAAAUGUCCCAGUACACGAAAACAACCCAGUUGUGUUCUAACAGGGGGCAUCGGCUGUGAGGGGGUAGAUCGUGGGCAGUCCCGUCGUUGCCUUGAUGCUGUGGAGAUCUACAACCCUGAUGGAGACUUCUGGAGAGAUGGGCCCACUAUGCCCUCUCCGCAGCUAUCGCUACGCAGCAAUGCCUCCAACGCCGGAGUGGUGGGGGGCAAGCUAUAUGUGUGCGGAUACUACAAGGGAGCUGGUAACUAAACCCACUUUCCUUUCCACUGUUCAUAAAAAAUAGAAACCCGCACACUGCUCUCGCUAGUAUCACUUAAUUUUAUUGAAGCUUACGUGUCGGCCUCUAGGCCUUCGUCAGAGCUUUGAAGGCCAAAACGUAAGCUUCAAUAAAAUUAAGUGAUACUAGCAAGAGCAGUGUGCGGGUUUCUAUUUUCUUUGAAGUUAUCGCAUUAUUCCCAUGCACCUGCAGCAAGUGCCUUUUCGACUUUCCACUGUUCAUAAAACUGUGACAUCAUGUGGGACUUGUUUGAGUAAAAGAUGACCUGUCCUUUUAAGAACUUAACAAGUUGACUGUAGCUGAAUGCUGUUUAAUUUGAUUGCCGCACCACUCUUUAAAAUGCCUGAUUCUAAUAGUGACAAAAAUUAUAUUCCUGGCCUAUCCCGAUCCUUGUUUCCCUCAGAUCGUCAUGAGGACAUAAUCAAGGACAUCCUGGAACUAGACCCAUGGGAGAACUGCUGGACCGUGGUGGCCCGCCAUGUUCUGAUGCAUGAUGCCUACGACGUCUGCUUGGUGGCAAGCCUCAAUCCCCGGGAGCUCAUGUCUCCCCCAGCAGACCUAGUAACUCAGUGA